GACCCGAUCCCGUCGUGGUAAGCUGCCGCCUCUCGCUCCCCUCAUCGCGUCUACGUUCUGAUCUUGUGCAAACAUGCCCCUGUUGGAGAUGGUACUGAACAUGCGUGGCAUGAGACCUGGGGUUUUCUUGUCAACUCAUGCCAAUGUCCGCACUAUCCAUGACCAUCCAUGGACGGUGUGCUGCAGGUACGUCGAUUGCGCCGGUGGCCAAGAGAAAGCGCUCGCCCUGUCAACAAGAAGACGAUGCUCGUCAUGUUGGAAUUGAUCUCAGGCAGUUAUUGACCGAGAGAAAAGGGGGAGUCUUUUCCCACGAUGGUGUUCUGAUCGGGCACACCCAGAACCAACGUUUGGUUUCGGUCCCUGGCCCAUCAGCCCCUCUCAUAUAUAAAGAAGAGUCACGUACCUCUUGAGGAGAGUACACACAUAAGUACGAAUUAAACCUCUAAGUCCAACUACCGAUCCUAAAAAGAGGGAGCUGAUGACCAGAAGACCGUCUACCACCGCCAGCCGCCGCAAGGUCUGUGCUGGCGGCAUUCCUGCUGCCAUCUGCAUCAUUCAGCUGCUGCCUUUCUCUUCCCUGACAAUCUCCUGUUGCUGGAGAUCACAAGGUACAGCCAUGGUCUACACAGGGGGUUGCAUCGGGCAGCCGCCAUGGAAUUUCUCCAAGCACCUGACAUAUGGGAUCGUAUCCUUUCCUUGCUGCCCCUGCGGGAUGCUGCUCGAGCUGGUUGUGUAUCUCGCGCGUUGUUAAGUUCCUGGACACGCCGUCCCAACCUCACCUUCACAGAGGAAACACUCGGCCUGGCUGGAAAUGCAUGUCGAAAACCUGAACUUGCACGAACUUUCCAAAACAGAGUUUACCGCGUUUUGAAAAAACACUCGGGCGUUGGUGUGAAGGCAUUCAAGCUUCAUCACUGUGGUUCUGGUUUCAACAUUCAUGAUCUGAACAGGUGGCUUCAGAUUGCCGUUACUCCGGGGAUUGAAGAAGUCGUACUUUCAGUACCAAUGCACCGGAGAAAGUACAAAUACGGGCCUCACUACGGGUACGAAUGGGUGUCUUACAACUUCCCCUGCUCAGUUUUUUCCAACGGGAGUGGAAACUCGAUUCGACAUCUUCACCUCGCCAGUUGUGCCUUCCACCCUGUUGCCGGACUUGCUCACUUGACAAGGCUGCAUCUGUUUAAGGUGGACAUUACAGGAGAUGAGUUAGGGUGCUUCCUUUCUAAUUCUUUUGCUAUGGAGGAGCUGAAUCUCACUAAAUGCGGUAACGUCAUUCACCUGAAGAUACCUUGCCUGCUACACAGGCUCAACUGCCUGGCGGUGCUGCAGUGCGUAGCUCUAAAAGUGAUAGAAAAUAAAGCUCCAAAUCUUUGGAUUGUUCGCAUCGAUAGCCAACCAGAGAAAGUUCCAGUUGGAGAUGUACUGCAAGUGAAGGACCUCCAAAUGCAGGAUUGUUACGAAUCUAACCUUGUUCAUUAUGCUCGUGCCAAGCUUCCAUCCAUUAUGCCAAAUCUUGAAACCCUCAGCCUAGAAUCGACCGGGGAGGUGUUCAAUACGCCAAUCUUGCCUGUCAAAUUCCUCUACCUCAAGAACUUGCGUAUUUUUCUUCAUGAUCGAGGGAUGAAGGGCUUUUCCCCAGGCUACGAUUAUUUUUCUCUCGUUUCUUUUCUGGAUGCUUGUCCUGUCUUGGAGAAUUUUGUCUUGGCUGUAUUACAGGCUAGCGUAAGGCAGGAAUUGAUUUCCGGAGACCCGCAUCUGAGGCAGAUGCCUGAACACCAGCAUGGCAACAUCAAGAAUGUGACGAUCAAGGGCUUCUGCGCUGCAAAGAGCAUGGUCGAGCUAACCUGUCAUAUUCUUGAGAAUGCAACAUCACUCGAGUGCCUUACGUUGGACACCAUAUGUGAUAAUGGCUCUGAAGACCUUGAUAGGACUUUUGACGACGGAAUUGCUAGAUGCUACACAGUGUUAAACUAGCGUAUGCUCGACGAAGGCUAUAGAGGGCUCAGGGCUAUCGAAAGAUACAUUGUGGGGAAAGUUCCCUCUACAGUCAAGCUAAAUGUUAACAAGCUCAGCAGCCGUCGCUAUGCUAUAAAAUCGCAUGAACAAAGUUAUGGCAAUUAUAUUUUCUGGUAAUGUUAAAUGUUGCGUUGAUAGGAUCUCGUAACUUGAAUCUAUUGUUUGAAUGUUGAAAAAUUACAUAGGCCAUGGUUUAUUUAUUUAUUUUUGUAAAACGAACAUAAU